AUGAAAACCAAUAAUAAUACAACACAUACACACAAAAUUAAAACAGGUAAUGUGAAAACUAAUAUAAAUACUAUGAUAAAUCAUUCAAAAAAUAAAAACAUGGAAAAUAAAAUAAUAGAAAUAAUUAAAAAAAAUAACGAUGCAAACGCACACAAUUCUAGAAAAAAUGGAGACACAAAAACCAACAAAAAUAUGUAUAACACUAAGCUAUCUAAAAAUGGACUAGCCAAAUGCGAAGAUGAGUUAAUAGAUACUAAUGCAGUAGAAAAAAAUAUUAAUCAUAUUGAAAAAUCGAUGAAUAAAUUAAAUGAAAUUGAGAACAAAAUUAUUGAUAAUAUAAAUGAAUGUAAUAAAUUUAUAGAUUUUUAUGAACGAUCAAAAAGUCUUUUAGAUUCAAAAGAUUUUGAUAGUGAUAUAGGAAGAGAGCAAGAGAUAGAACAAAUUCGAAAAGUCAUUAAAAGAUGUUCAACAAAUUUAAGCAGUGAAGGCAUAUUUUUAACUGGGCCUAGUGGCCAAGGAAAAACAUAUAGUAUAUUUUACAUUAUUAAAGAAAUAGAAAAAGAAAAACAGGAAAUGAAUAAUUAUACUAAUAAUAAAAAGAAUAAAAAAGAAAAUACAAUAAUAUCAAAUUAUAAAAACAUUGAUUCGUCUUAUUUUUAUGUUUCGUGUAGUAAUAGUCAAAAACCAUAUGAUAUAUUUGCUGAAAUAUUACAACAAAUAACAAAUAAUAAAAAUAAAAAAAUUAUUUUAAAUACUGUAAAACAAAAAUACAAUUUAAAUGGUCUAGAAGAAGUAAAAAAAUUAUUUAUUAAUUACACUAGCAAAUUUAAUAAUUUAAAAAUAGUAAUUGUCGACGAAUUAGAUUUUAUUGCAACCAAAAAUGUUAGAACAGAAUUAAAAACAAAAAAUAAUACAAAAAGUUCUAACGAAGAUAUAGUUAAGGCAUUAUUUGAAUGUGUACAAAAUUCUAAAUGUAAAAUAAUAUUAGUAGGUAUUGCAAAUAGUUUAGAUUUAAUUAAAGAUUAUACACAUAUGAAAAUUAAUCAAAUUAUAUAUAAACCAUAUAAUGAACAUCAGUUUAUGCAUAUAAUACGAAGCAAAUUAAAUACGUUAGAAGAUGAACUUAUUAACAAAAUAUUUAAAGGAGUGUCUUUAAAUAUACAUCUUAGACAAAUUUCAAAUCAAAACGGAGAUAUACGAUCAUGUUUUGAUGCUAUUUUAAGAGUUUUUUCUGAUAAAAAAUCAGAUCUUGAAGAUAGAAAAAAAAAUCUUAUUAAAUUAAAGGAAGAAAUUAUGAUGAAUAAAAUAUUUAAUAAAAGAGAAAAAAGAAAUUUAUUCCUUUUGAUAAAUGAUAAAUCUAAUGUUGAUUCAGAUGAUCAGUUAACAUUGGCUUCGGAUAACGAUAACCCCAAUUCUAGUGAAUACGCUAAUGAAUUGGGAUCAACAAUUCGUAAAAAAAGAAAAAGAGAUAUACAUAAUAUAUUAAUGAAUGAUGAAAUAGAAAAAAAAGGGGGAAAAAAUGGAAAGAAAGAAUUAACACCAAAUAAAAAAGAAAAUAUUUAUGAACAUUCUGUAGCUAGUUUUGAAAAUAGUGAUAUGGAUAAUGAUUUUUAUCUCUAUCAAAAUGUAACCCCUUUACCCAAAAUGGAAAAUAUACAAGAUAAAUUUAGAGAUAAUACAAAAAAUCUGAGAUUUACAGAUUUUAAAAACGAAUAUGAAAUAGGGUAUGAAACGUUAAGAAAAGAAGCUAUUAAAAUGAAUAAUAAUAAAGAAACGAUGAGUGAAAUAUUAAUAAGAAAAAAUUUUAAUACAAAUGAUAAUAAUUAUUUUUGCUGUGAUGAUGAAUCAUCGCCUAAAAGGUAUUAUGAAAGCCCAUUCAAAGUAUUAUAUAAAGAUGAAGAAAAAUAUGAUGAAUUAAUUAAUUUUAAAAAUAAAAAAGAUAUAUUAAGCAAUAUUAAUAUACAAAAAUUAUCAUCUUUUGAUACUAUAAUUGAUAACCAAUUAAAAAAUUUAGAAAAAAAAUUUCAAGAUUUUACAACUAUUAAUAAUACAGUAAUGAUUUCUGAUAUAAAAAAAGUUACAGAUAAAAUACCAUUAGAAGAACAUAAAGAUAUUCUUUUUAAAAUUAAAAGUUUACCAUUAAUACAAAAAUUAUGUUUAUAUUCUUCUUGUAAUUUAAUAAAUGAUACACAUUUAAAUAUUGAUGAUAAAAAUGAAGAAGACAGAGACUAUAAUAAACUACAAAACAUUGAAAUUACAUAUUCGGAUAUACAAAAUGGAUUUAGAAAUUUGUGUAAUAAUUUAUCAGAAACUGCUUAUAUAAAAGAUUUAUUAGAAGGAAAUACUAUUGAUCAAUCGAUUGAGCAUUUUGAAGAAUUAGGAAUUUUAACAAAUUGUAAAAAAAAUCAAAAAGUUAAGGAAAAAAAAAGUAUUAUUAAAGUGCCUAAAGGUUUAACUCCUAGAUUUGCUAAUAUACAAAAAAAUAAUAAAUCUUUUUCAUCACAAAAUAAAUUAAAUUCAACAUAUUAUUUUAAUCUCCCUAUAUCUGUUAUUAAACAAACUUUACAAGAAAUAUCUUCAAUUCUUUCAAGUUUUGAUAAAAAUAUCUAA